AUGACUAGAAGAUCGGACCCAGAUAAGUUCAGUGUGACCAAAGAUGCUUUGGUCCCGGGCGUUUUCUUUGCUCUACUUGUGCGAUGGUGCGUUGCGGCAUAUCCUUACUCUGGAUACAAGAAGCCCCCUAUGUACGGGGAUUACGAGGCCCAGCGACAUUGGCAAGAGAUAACGGUGCACACGCCAGCGGCGAAAUGGUACCAUAACACCAGUCAAAACGAUCUAGAAUAUUGGGGGCUGGAUUAUCCGCCUUUGACUGCAUAUCAUAGCCUUCUCAUGGGCUUAGUUGCUGACUGGCUGGACCCUGAAUCUGUUCGACUUUUCGCUUCGAGAGGUUAUGAAAGUGAAUCCCAUAAAAUGUUCAUGAGGUGGACAGUGUUCCUUAGUGAUUUGUACUUUUACAUAACUGCUGUUUUGUGCAUAUGCAUAGAUGCUGAACGCGUGAAGCAGAAAGAUGUUAAAUUAGUGUUUAAGAGGACUGAUUUGUCAUCAAUACUGAUAUUGUUGUUGGUGAAUUCAGUCCUUCAAGAGGAGCUGAAGACAAUCCACGCGUUCACCCAGAAGACGAUGACAGUGGAACAGUGGAAAGCACAAUCAUAA